UCCUUCCUUUUCUCCCAAGCCUGAGAAAGAAGAAAGACCAAAGUCACCAAACCAUAUUCAACUCUCACUCUGGCUUUGGCUUCAAAACGGAGUCGUAUUAUUAAAGGCCGUUAAUGGCGAGCGGGUGGGUCAAGUCGUUGCAGUGCAAGUCUAGGGCAUAUGAAGACGUCUAUCACCCAAACCCCAAAACGCUCAUGAACAGCGUCAGCUGUAGAAAGAGCGUCCAGAACAUCAAAGACGUCGUCGACACAGCCAAGCACCACCACAAGCCCACCAGAAAAUCCAAGCCGCCUCCGCCGCACCAGCAACAACCGCCGCCAUCGAAAAGAUCGAACUCCAAAUGCGACAGACCCGGAAAGUCUGAAUCAGUUUUUCCCAGCCCGACACCUCACCGCACUCGUCUAAGCGCCUCUGGCCGGAGCCACGACCCGUUUCUGACUGACCUCCCGGAGGGCCACCCGUCGCGUAAUGUGGUGGAGAUUAUCUUCCACACCAGCUGGAGCCCCAAGGCGUUCUCGGGUCGGAUCGAGAUGAUAUUCAAGGUCCAGAACGGGUCCAAGACGGUGGCGCGGUUCGAGGAGUAUAGGGAAAUGGUGAAGACUCGCUCCCGGGCCGGGUCGGGGGAGGGUGGCCUGAAAGUGGGAUCCGAAUACGAGGAGGAGAAUGCGCGGUGCGUCGCGGACGGGAAUGAGGUCAUGCGGUUCCACUGCCUCGGGUCGCCGUCUGGAAGCGGUGUUCACGACGCGUUCGGCGGCGCGUGGGGAUUUCACAGUGGGAAAGGCUCUGCCAUUUGCACGUUUUCCGGUAGCGGAGUGGCCCACGAGAAUGCAGGAGGUGGGGCACGGGGCAGGAGGGCCAUGUUGGUUUGCCGGGUUGUUGCGGGUCGGGUCUCGAAGCAGCUGGAGCUCCAGUCUUUGCUGGAUGGCAGGGUCGGGUUUGACUCGGUGUGUGGGGACAACGGCGAGUUGCUAGUAUUUGAUCCACGCGCCGUCUUGCCGUGCUUUCUUAUCAUCUAUAAAUUGUAAAAAUACAAUGCUCUCGUUUCUUUUCUUUUUUUCCUUUUUUAUUUGUCUCUUUUAUAUAUUUUCCUUUUCUUCUUGGGGUUGAUCAGCUUCUUUUUUCUUGCAUUUAUCACCUCAAUUUUUUUGAACUUGUUUCUGGGUUUUGGUGUGAUUAUGAAAAAAUUGAGUUGAUAAAUGCUUGAUUAACCAAU